GUAGCGUUGACCCCUUCUCAACGUCACAGAAGUGACGAGCAGAAUCACGGACCACUUCAACGAAAGAAACAGAAGAAACAGAAACCCACUCAACGAAUCUUGGCUCCUGGCUGAAAAUGUCCACAAAGAACAGUCAUUUAAUCCAGAAGAGACAUUUGGAACCUUAGCCAGAGACUAAAGAAGAAGCCGAAAACGAACCAGCUCUAAUAAGAUGGCACCGUUUACUGAAUAUUUACGACCCAUCCUUAAGAGCCUUCGAAGCGACGAUGACUCCUUCGACAGGCUAAACCACAGGUACUCGGCGGCGGUCCUGCUCGUGUUUGCCCUUUUGACCACCAUGAAGCAGUACGUCGGCGAGCCUAUUCUUUGCUGGGUGCCAGGUAGAUUCACAGGAGCAAUGGAAGACUAUACGAACGCCAUGUGCUGGAUUUCAAACACCUACUGGGUUCCGUUUGAAACAAGAAUUCCCAAUCCAGACGACCCCAAGCCGCAUAUUGCCUACUAUCAGUGGGUUCCCAUUGUCCUCCUUCUGCAGGCUUUGCUUUUCAAAUUACCUUGUGUUGCCUGGCGGCUGCUAAGUUACAAUUCAGGAAUAGACAUCCAGGCCAUGUUCAAAAAGCUAGAAAGAGACGAGAUCAUAGAGCACAAGAAAAUGAAGAGCAACGUUAAAGAGGUAACCCGUUAUUUAGCGCGUUAUCUAGACGCUACCCGAGACCAGCCCCACGGAUGCUGCGCCUGGGCCCGUCGUAUAAUGAGUAGCUAUCUUUGCGUGUGUGUAGGGAAACGCAGAGGAAAUUAUCUCUACAUGUUGUUCUUAUGGAUUAAGAUUUUGUACAUGGUGAACGGUCUUGGUCAGAUGUUUCUCCUAAACGCGUUUCUUGGCACACAAUUUACCAUGUAUGGCUACCAAAUAAUAGAAGAUCUCAUAAACUGGAGGGACUGGACGGAAACGGGACGGUUCCCCAGAACAACAUUAUGUGACAUCAAAAUACGCGAAUUGGGGGGCAACAUACACCGCCACACCAUUCAAUGCGGACUGCCUAUUAACUUCUUCAACGAGAGGAUCUACAUGUUCCUCUGGUUUUGGCUAGUGUUUGUGUCAGCUGGAACAAUAUUUGGGUUCUUUACAUGGAUGAGUCUCUUCUCGGUCAAUGAACGGAAAGUGUUUGUGAAGAAAACGAUUUCCAUGACCGGCAAAGGCGACUCCAUUGAACAGAACCGAGACACUAAACGGUUGAAAAACUUCGUUACCAAAUAUUUGAGAAUGGACGGGGUGUUUGUGCUAAAACUUCUUGCCAAGAACACCAGCGAUGUCGUGAUUUCCAGAGUGGUGUAUAGCCUAUGGAAGAGAUAUCUGAAACGCCACAAAGAACUCCAGCCUGAUGGGUUGCCACUAACUCCAAAAGCAAACGACGCUUCCAGUCCCAGCGCUCCACCAACUGAUGCAGACGACAGUGAACCUCCUAAAGGCCUUUGAUUUAUUAAGAAAUCAUUCAAAGUUGACGAAGUAAAAAUGCACUUUGUCUUUGUCUUCCAAACUAUGACAUUUUUUUCACCCAUGACAGGAACACCUGAUCCAUUUAUGCAUGUAUUGUAUGUAAAAA